UUUUUUUUCGUUUCCUUUUUUCUUUCUCUAUCCUCGAUAUUCUUAAGUAGGGUGAUUUUUUUUUUUUUUUUUUGCGGAUUCGAGAUAAAAAUAAAACCAACGAUAACUAGUGGUCUAUGCCUUAUUCAACUAUAUAUUGUGACACUACACCCUUGUCUUCAAAGUCACAUCAUAUUACAACUGACCCUAGUAUGUAUCGAUGGCAACGAUCUACUAAAGCAACAACGAAACCACCUUACGGUCGCAGCUUAUCUGAUCGGUUAGCUUAUGUAGAAGCACUUGUAGAUAUGAAUGCUAUGGUGAUUGAAGCCAUAUGGCCUAAUAACUCAGCAUCUUCCAAUAUUGUACCUUUACGUAGUUUCAUCCAAGAAGUAUUGAAACGAUCUCGAACCACUUAUUCAACUCUACAAACCGCCUUUUUUUAUCUCUUCCGUGCUAGACCAGCCAUUGUUCAUUUUUUACACUCAACACAAACAAAACAAAUCCCUCUUAGUGGUCGAGAUGCUUAUAUCCAUUGUGGAAGAAGAAUGUUUUUGGCCAGUUUGGUCGUAGCUUCCAAAUUUGUACAAGAUAAAACUUAUCGAAACUCUGCUUGGGCCAAGAUUGCUGGAUUACCUGUACAAGAAAUCAAUGCUUCAGAAAGAGUCUUCUUAGGCUUAUUAGAUUAUCGACUUUAUGUGGCUCAGGCAACCUUUGAUCAAUGGCAUCAAUUAUUACAUGCUCAUGUUCAAGCCAAAACAUCAACAAAAAAGUUUAAUCAUACCUCAUCAACAAAUACUACUUCCAAUAAUUCGCGACUUUUCCAAUCUCCUCCUUCUUCACCCUUAUCAUCAUCACAAUAUUCAACUUUACCUUCUCUACGUAUAACAUCAUCAUCAUCAUCAUCAUCAUCAUCUUUGCAUUCUGACAAUUAUCCAUCCUUACCUUUACUUCGUACUAGUUUACUGGCAUCCUCUUCUUCUUCUUCUUCAUUACCAGCACUUUCACCUUCUUCUAUCACUUCCAAUUCUUCCAAUUGUUCUCCUCUUCUUAUGCCUACGCCUCCUUCAGUGAACAAUACUGGAAAACGUCCUUUGUACGAUCAUGAUCUCAUCUCUUCUUAUCAAUCAUCUCAAAGAAAACGACCUUGCAGUGCCUGGUCGACAACUGAUUCUUCUUGAAUCAUAUAUAUAUUAUAUAUAUAUAUGAAAAUUACCAAAUGACAAUAUAGCUUAUACCUCUUUCUCUUUCUUAUAUUACUUUUUUUUUUCUUUUUUAAUCAUCAUCUCUUUGUUUUAUUCCCAAAUCAAUAAAGAAAAAAAAAUGAUACUUGUUUUUUUUUU